CCAGCGGAGCCAAGCGGAGCGGAGUCUAGCCCAGUUGGAGCCUGAGGAUGUCAACAGAGACAGAGCUACAGCCAGCGGUCAGGCCCAGCAGCGUCAGACGGGACUCCAAGAGGAAAGGGCAGGAUCGCAGUGAGGCGGCUCUCAUCAGGCGUUUUAGGGGCGAUGGCGUCCGCUACAAGGCCAAGCUCAUCGGCCUGGACGAGGUCACCGCCGCCCGUGGAGACAAACUCUGCCAGGACUCGAUGAUGAAGCUCAAGGGUAUAGCUGCAGCAGCGCGGUCUAAAGGAGAACACAAACAGAAGGUGUUUCUGACCAUUUCCUUUGGAGGGAUCAAGAUCUUUGAUGAGAAGUCGGGGGUCCUCCAACACCACCAUGCGGUCCACGAGAUCUCCUACAUCGCCAAGGACAUCACGGACCACAGAGCCUUCGGCUACGUCUGCGGGAAGGAGGGGAACCACCGCUUCGUGGCUAUCAAGACCGCACAGUCGGCUGAGCCUGUGAUCCUGGACCUGCGGGACCUGUUCCAGCUCAUCUAUGAGAUAAAGCAGAGGGAGGAGAUGGAGAAGAAGGCCCAGAAAGACAAGCAGUGCGAGCAGGCGGUCUACCAGACAAUACUGGAGGAGGACCUGGAGGACCCGGUCUACCAGUACAUUGUCUUUGAGGCGGGACACGAGCCCAUCCGCGACCAAUCAGAAGAGAGCAUUUAUCAGGUUCCCACCAGUCAGCAGAAGGAAGGGGUCUAUGACGUCCCAAAGCGACACCCAGUGAGUGACCGUAAUAUCAACCAAUUAGAGAUUUUUGGAGACAUGUCCACACCUCCUGACAUCACCUCUCCAUCGACCCCCGCCUCUCCAGCCAACACCCUCGACCCCUCGCAGGGCCUGCAGCCUCCCACGGAACUGUUUGCUCCCUUCAAUCCUGCGUCUGUGCCCUCAGGUUAUGUGACGAUGGGAGCGGUACCCCCCGGCCACUGGUCCCAGCAGGCGUUUGCUGCCCAGACGCCGCUGGCCUUCGGGGUCCAGUCUCCUCUCGGCCCGGUGGCCCAGGUGCUGCCGGGCGGCCAGCCUCUCAUCUGGGGCCAGGCCAACAUCUUCCCUGCCACCCAGCAGCAGUGGGCAGCCAUGGCAGCCGGAGCCUUCCCCCCCACAGCCUACCUCCCCGCCCAACCUGUGGGCACCCUGCCCGCCGCCAUGUUCCAGACUCUCACCCCCGUCACGACUGUGACUCCAGCCGGCGAGAGCCAUUCAGGUGCUGGAGCCAGCGCUUCGGCUCCCUCCCCUUCGGCGUCGUCGAGUCCGCAGCACGGGGAGAGGGCGAGGAAGAUGGGCAAGGAGAUGUUCAAGGAUUUUCAGCUGGCGAAGCCUCCGGCCAUGCCGUCGAAAAAGGGUGAGCAGCCCAGCUUAACAGGAACCUCAGAGGCAUUCAGCACUUACUUCAGCCGUGUGGGCACUGCCCAGGACACGGACGACUGUGACGACUUUGACAUUUCCCAAAUGAACCUGACACCAGUCACCUCCACAACACCAUCCACCAACUCACCGCCCACCCCGGCCCCCAGGCAGAGCUCACCCUCCAAGUCCUCGGCCUCCCAUGUCAGCGACCCCCCCACCGACGCCACAGACCCGCCCACAGACGACUCGUUUGGGGAAGCAGAGGGCAGCCCCAGUCGCAGUGGAGAGGAGGAUGCUAAGGGGAAGGACCCUCUCUACGCCCAGAUCAACAAAGGGAAGAAAUAAAGAGACACACAGGAAGACAGACCUGACCAGCACUGAGAGAACAGGAGGAGAACCCUCGCCGUGUGUGUGUGUGUGUGUGUGUGCGUUUGAGCGUGUGUGCGUGUGUGUGUGUGCGUGUGCUGGCACAUCUCCCUGCCUGGCCAAGCCCUUCUUCUUCUCCUCCUCUGGCUAACAACCUCCCAGGAGGAGCCUCCACGCUCCCUCAGUCCUCCUCCUGUGCUCCUCCUCUUCCUCCUCCUCCUCCUCCUCUCUGCAGUCUGCUCUCCUCCUUAGAGGAGAGAGCCCUCUCAGUCAUUCACUCCAGGCAGGAGGGAUAUCAAUCACCGAGACGGAUCCAGUUCUCCCUCCACUGCGCUGUCUUCUCCUCUCCUCCCUUCUCCCUGUGGCGCCUCACACCCAGCCUUACAGACAUAUCCAGCUCCUCUCCUUCCUCCCUCCUCCCCACCCUCCUCCUCCCUGUCUUCGCUCUCACGCUCCUCCCUCUGCCUCCUGUGUCUGGCCCAGAGACUGUGCUGCCAAGGAGGGACUGAAUCAAGCAGUGCCUCCCUUUCUCCGACACACACACACACACACACACACACACACACGCACGCUCAUCGGGAUUAGAGUGAUCGUCUUUCGUUUUAACUGACUGAACCCGCAUCUGUAGCGAGGAGAUCCCACAGGAGGAGCAGAGACUCUAACGGGCCUAUCAGGGAUGGCCCGUUACUGGGAUCGCCGCUUCUGAUUGGUCGGUUGGU